AUGGGCGGAUUGCCCGUUCGGUCCCAGGGAUUGAUACCCGGAGCGGGGGGCAGAGCAGGUCGAGGGGCAAAGGAGAGGGGUUUUGCCAGUGGCCUGGACACCACCGACAUAUUGGACACAGAGCAAGGCCUUCUGACGAUCGAUGGGUACAGUCAACAUGGAUUCUCGGUGCAGGGGAUUCAGAUAGUGGGGGGCGUGCUUGCGUUUCAGGAUCUAUGGCUGCAGUGGCGUCCCGAGACGCCUGACAAAGUCACACCGGAGUCGCUGGCUCUCCUGCAACUGGUGCGGCCACUGCCAGAGCUGCUGGUGUUUGGUAUGGGGCCUGAGAUGAGGAGGCUGCCAGAUGAGCUGGCCCUCUGGCUCAGAAGGCAGGAGGUCGACGUGGAGGCGAUGGCCACGGUGAGUGGGCGCUGUUGUUAUCAGGCUGCAUGGAGCAUCUAA